AUGGCCUCAGACGAUUCAGUCACCGUCUUCUUACGAGACAACGAGCAAGAAGUACUCCAGAUUGGGGCGGCACUCGACGUCGAGCAGCUCGACACCUAUCUCUUCCGCUCAAAGGAGCUGCACAAGCCGUACCGAGCGCGGGGCGCGUUCGGUGGCCAGGUCAUUUCUCAAGCUCUCGUCUCGGCAACACGCUGUGUGCCGCCCGAGUAUCUUGUUCAUGUACGCCAUCGUUUACUUGAUCACAUUGCCGGAUGCCUUACCAAGUCAUGGCGCCAAUCGCAGUCGCUACAUUGCUAUUUCCUGCUUAGUGUCACGAACUCCGUGCCCAUCCUCUACUACGUGACUGUACUACGGAAUGGACGCUCGUACUGCACGCGCGAGGUGCGCGCGGUCCAGCAGGGCAAGACCGCGUUCGCCAUGUUAUGCAGCUUUCACGUUCCCGAAGUUGCGCAGCCCUUCACGCAGUAUUCCAUGCCGGACGUCAAGAGCCCAGAGGACUCAAUCAGCGAGGAGGCGUAUCUCAUACACUUGGCUCAACAACCGGGCCUGAGCGACAGCAAGAGGGAGUACUACCGCGGACACGCACAAGCACGCAUACGCAGCCCCAUAGAUGUUCGGUUGGCGGGCAAACAAGCCAACUCCGCUGGGCAAGCGCAGAUGAUGUAUUGGCUGAAAACGCGAGAGAAUGAUGCGUGGGACGGUUCCUUUCAGAAGUGCAUCCUGGCGUACGUCUCGGACCUGCACUUUUUGAUGGCUGCGGCUUCUGGGUUGGGUCUCCAUAGAACAGGGAAUGACAAGAAGAGUCUAGCGAUGUCAUCGUCUCUGGACCAUUCCAUAUCGUAUUAUUCACACGAAUUCAACUGUGCAGAUUGGAUGCUGUAUGUCGUCGAUUCGCCCGCUGCAGGAUCGGGGCGGGGGUAUGUUCGCGGUUUGAUGUACUCGCGCGAUGGAAAACUACUCGCUGCCAUGACACAGGAAGGUGUCAUCCGUGCGGGGGGAAGCAAGCCACAGAAGAGUAUUGAAUCACAACCGAAGCUAUAG